UUUAUCAAGAUAUUGAUUCCGUCGACGGCUCCAAUUGAACAACUUGGACACUUGGUGAACUUUUACAAWUUACAGUCGGCAUUCGGCGUUACUUGUUUAGUUGUAUCAGGGUUUCGCUCUUAUUUCAUUCUGAAAUUUUGACGUUCUCGGCACUCCAACGUCACUGACAUGUUCAACUUGUACAAACAAAUAUUCGCUCUUGGUAUACUGUCGUUACUGCAUGCAGCGUAUUCAGCGGCUCAGCAUCGAUCUUAUUUACGAAUAACGGAACAAGAAUUUGAUGGAUUGCCAUUUGAUAUAUUUGUGCAAGGUGUAAUCAGUCUUUUUAUAUCAAUGUAUGGAAUAUUGUACUUGGCAGGCGAUUUUAAAGAAGUGAGAGCUAUUGAAGAAUUGGAAUGCAAGACAUGGGAGACAUUACAUAACACACCUGCAUUUUAUAUAUUUAAUCACAGGGGUAAAACUCUGUUCUCUAAUAAGUUUUAAUUAAUUGGUAAAAAUCCAAGAAACUGAGAAUGUCAUAUUUCAAAACUUGGAAUGGAUUUUUUUUAUUUUGGUAUUUAUUUAAGAUGUUGUGUAUAUAAUUUUACUUAACAAUAUUAUAUUCACUUAUUUUAAAUAUAUUUGCGGUUGCUUCAUUUAAUUAUAAAAUACUUAAAUUAGAUUGUGGCUAAUUAAGAUAUAGCUUAAGACAAAUUCAUUUUAUAYUUAAAAUAUUAUUGAAAUUUAAAAUAAAAUAAGUAGACACACUA